AUGGAUUCACAGCAGUUUCGAGAGGCGGCCAAGGCGGCAAUUGAUGACAUCGCCAAAUACUACGACAACAUCUCUGACCACCGAGUUGUCGCUGAUGUCGAGCCUGGCUAUCUGAGGCCGCUCCUCCCCGCCUCAGCACCUCUCGAGGGCGAAUCAUGGGACUCCAUACAGGCGGAUAUCCAGUCCAAAAUCUUGCCUGGCAUCACUCACUGGCAGGCGCCCGGCUUCAUGGCCUUCUUCCCCUGUUCAAGCAGCUACCCUGCUGCCAUUGCGGAAAUGUACUCCAACACCUUCAACGGCGCCCAUUUCAACUGGAUCUGCUCCCCUGCAGUUACCGAGCUGGAGACAAUUGUGAUGGACUGGCUGGCUCAGGCCCUGGGACUGCCUGAAUGUUUCCUCAGCGGUGGCCCAACCCAUGGCGGUGGUGUUCUACAUGGAAGUGCCAGCGAGGCCAUUCUCACCGUCAUGGUUGCUGCGAGAGACAAGUAUAUAAAUGAGGCAACAGCUCAUUUGCCUGAAGGCGAGGAGAAAGAGGAAGAGAUGUGGAGGCUUCGCAGCAAGCUGGUUGCUCUGGGAAGCGAGGGCACUCACUCAAGCACCAAGAAGGCCGCGCAGGUUCUGGGCGUACGAUUUGCCACGGUGCCGAUAUCAGAAAAGGAGGGCUUCACCAUGACGGGCGAGGCUCUGGCCACGAAGCUUGACGAGCUCAAGGCCAAGGGACUCGAGCCAUUCUACCUGACUGCCACCCUGGGGACGACAGACGUCUGCGCCGUCGACGACUUCGAGGGCAUCUCCCGCACACUGGCACCGCGAGUCGGCAAGCCAGGCGAGAUCUGGGUCCACGUCGACGCAGCCUACGCCGGAGCCGCGCUCCUCCUCGACGAAAACAAGCCCCUGGCCAAGCCCAUUGCCAACUUCCACUCCUUCAACCUGAACCCGCACAAGUGGAUGCUCACGACCUUUGACUGCUCCGCCGUCUGGGUCCGCCAGCGCGGCCACCUCAUCAACGCCCUCAGCAUCAAGCCGCACUACCUGCGCAACCAGUACAGCGACAACGAGCUCGUGACCGACUACCGCGACUGGCAGAUCCCCCUAGGCCGCCGCUUCCGCUCCCUCAAGCUGUGGUUCGUCCUGCGCGCCUACGGCAUCCGUGGCCUGCAAGCCCACAUCCAGAGCGGCAUCACGCUCGGCGAGUCCCUCGAGGCCAAGCUCGUUACCAGGCCGGACCUAUUUAUCAUCUUCACAAAGGCACACUUUGGCCUCGUCACGUUCAGAGUCAGUGGAGAUAGCGAGGAGAAGAUCAACAGCCGCUCGCAGAAGCUGUACGAUGCGAUUAAUGCCAGUGGUCAGUUUUACCUGACGAGCACGGUGGUCAAGGAUCACUUUGCGAUUAGAGUGUGCACGGGUGUGGCGACGGUGCGGGAGGAGACUAUCCAGAAGCUGUUUGAUUUGCUGGUUGAGACGACUGAGGGACAGUUGAAGCUGGAGUAGACCAAACGAAGACAAUAUCAGAUCUAAGUUAUACGGGUAUAUAAGGGCAAAAUUACACACUGACGUUUAUAUAUAUAUGUUUGUAUGCCUAGCAAUUUUUAUAUGUAUACUUGUAUGCUCAGCUAGUUAUGAUUUUUCAAAUAUAGACACAAAGGAAGAAAGAAAGAAGAAAAAGAGAUGGAUAGAUAAAUCAGUACAAUCCGCUUAGACAAAUAUGCAUUUUCAUUCAUAGCGUUUUCAUACAACCAACAUUCAUCAUAAAGUCGUUACAAUUCCCACAUCAUUCGUGUACCCAUGAUCAUUCGUUUUUCCAUAAUUUCCUCAGUCUUUUCAAUCGAAAUAUUCCUUCUUCUUUCUCUUAACCAGCGACCUCUC